AUGGCCACGUAUCAGGUACAACCCCCAGAAAAUUUUACGUUCACUAAACCUGAGGAAUGGCCCAAAUGGCUGAAAAGGUUCGAACGGUUUCGAGUAGCGGCAGGGUUAGGAGCCAAAGAGGGCCCAAUCCAGGUCAACACAUUUAUAUACUCGAUGGGAGGUCAGGCUGAAGAUAUUAUCAAGUCGUUUGGUCUGUCUGAUGAUGACGCGAAAGAUUACAGGAAGGUUGUAGAAAAGUUCGACAAUUACUUCAUAACCAGACGAAAUACUAUAUUUGAGAGAGCCAGGUUCAACCACAGAAGACAAAACGAGGGCGAGUCUGCAGAAAGCUUUAUUAUGGCACUGUAUGCAUUAGUAGAGCACUGUGAGUAUGGAGAUUUGAAGUCAGAGAUGAUAAGAGACCGUAUCGUUGUAGGCAUUCGCGAUAGUCGGUUAUCAGAGAAACUACAGCUUGACGCAACACUUACUCUGGAGAAGGCCGUAAACCAGGUACGACAGUCAGAGGCGGUCAAGAAACAACAGGCAGUUGUAAGAGACAAAGACCCUAUUGCAAGUAGUAGUCAGGCAAAUAACAGUGUGGAUGUGGUGUUCCGGAAAGGCAAUAAACACAAAUUCUCAGGAAACCGGAAGUCGUCAGAAAACCGGAAGUCCACAGAAAACCGGAAGUCAUCUGAUACUCGGUCAAAUCCAGAAUGUCAUAAAUGUGGAUUUAGACACAGGAAAGGGAGCUGUCCAGCGAAAGAUGCAGAGUGUCGGAAAUGUAAGAAAAAAGGUCAUUAUGCGAAGAAAUGUCGUUCGACAGUCGGUGAAUUGCAAACCUUUUUAGGAGCAGUAGAGAGUGAAGGAGCCUUACCAUGGACCAUAGAUCUAGUGGUUCAGACAGGUCAAAAGGAUACACUAGUACGGUUCAAGAUUGAUACAGGGGCAGAUGUUACAGCUAUACCCGAGAGUGUCUUUCAACGAAUCGGUCAGAAGUUGGAACACUCAACAAGAAUUCUAAAAGAUCCAAGUGUUUGUCAAGUGUCAACCCACAUAACAUGGUGUCAGAAUGUGGAAAUCAUCAGUCGAGCGGUAAGAGGUUACCAUCGCAGUGAAGUCAUGCGAUAUAAACAGUUUUAA